AUGGAUGCUCCCCAGGUUACCCUCUUCGAUAGUUUCACAAAUGAUAUUGUUAAUUCUGUUCGUGGAAUUCUCUGCGAUUACAACUUUGGCUCUCAACACCAUCGCUACUUCACUAGAUUUCAUCAGCACAAACGAAUAGUUGAGACAUAUUACAAACUUGAAAAAUUCAUCAAAAUGGCACCUGCUUUGAGAACCAAGGCGGACAUCUUCAUCAACGUUAGCGACACAGCUUGGAAAACUCUUAUUGAUCUUCAUACACCUAUGUGCACUGGAAAAACAGUUGAGGAGGAUUUUAUGCACAAAAUGGAUUCGGAGAUUCGUGGAAUGUGUCAAUGCCUUGACGAUUUAGUGGUGACAAUUUGUGGCCGCCACGCCAAUUUUUAUCUUUGA